CACUGCAUUCAUUGUGCUACGGUCUAUCCACCCCCCUGCUGCUGCUGGGCUUGUGAUUGCCGCUUGCUCCAGCUGAGCUAAGAGUAGCAGCAGCACCAGGGCAGGGACUCACUCCAGCCCUUGGACUUAGGACAUCGCAACACGUUCCCUUGCCUGCGUGACUCAUUCGCACAUCAUUUUUGUUUAUGCCUGGGGUGGGGAGAAAUAUCCCAAACCAGCUGUGUAAAUGAGUAUGGAAGAUUAUGAUUUCCUGUUUAAAAUUGUUUUAAUUGGCAAUGCUGGUGUGGGGAAGACGUGCCUAGUCCGACGAUUCACUCAGGGUCUUUUCCCUCCAGGGCAAGGAGCCACAAUUGGAGUUGAUUUUAUGAUUAAGACAGUGGAGAUUAAUGGUGAAAAAGUAAAGCUUCAGAUCUGGGACACAGCAGGUCAAGAGAGAUUUCGGUCCAUUACCCAGAGUUACUACCGAAGCGCCAAUGCCUUGAUCCUCACCUAUGACAUAACCUGUGAGGAAUCCUUCCGUUGCCUUCCUGAGUGGCUGCGGGAGAUAGAACAAUAUGCUAGCAACAAGGUCAUCACUGUGCUAGUGGGCAAUAAGAUUGAUCUGGCUGAAAGGAGAGAGGUCUCCCAGCAGAGAGCUGAAGAAUUCUCAGAAGCUCAGGACAUGUAUUACCUGGAGACCUCGGCCAAGGAAUCAGAUAACGUGGAGAAACUAUUCCUUGACUUAGCGUGCCGCCUCAUCAGUGAAGCCAGGCAGAACACGCUUGUAAACAAUGUAUCCUCACCCUUACCUGGAGAAGGGAAAAGCAUCAGCUAUUUGACUUGUUGUAACUUCAACUGAAGGCUGAUGCAAGGAGAAGCGAAAGGAAUCAGCAGCUGCCCUGAUGGGCCCUGAAUUGCUGGGCAGAUCUGGUGAUGACUGUGGCUCCCGCUUUUAGACCCUCUGACUCCUGUGGGAUCCAGGGCUUACACAGCAUGGCAGGCCAAAGGCUUUGUCUGCAGGCCAGCAUUAGCAGAACAUACAAUGGUUUCACCCUUUCGCAGUCAGGAGUUGGAGCAAGGAGAAAAUUGCGCUAGACGCUCCAUGAUCUGCAGAGCAUGUUGCUUUUGUUCUUUUCAAAAAGCAAGUAAAAGCGCAUUCCUGAACACAGUCCAGGGGGAAAUGUACUGUAGGGACCCCUCCUGCACGUCAGUGGGUGCAUGUGGGGGCUGUUCUUUAGGGCUUCUGGGGGCCCUGGUUUUCUUGUCUACCAGAU